CUUGAGUAAAGAUUUUUUUCUUCUUCAGACUCAAUCAGCAAUUAGCGGUGAAGAAGGUGGAGCAGACGCGUACCUGCUGGUCUUGUACGUGCUGUAGCGAGUGUACCAAGCCUCAUAUCAAACAAUAUGUCGCACCGCAAGAAAGUUUUGCUCAAGCUGAUCAUCCUGGGAGACAGUGGCGUGGGGAAGACGUCGCUUAUGAAUCAGUACGUGAACCAGAAGUUCAGCAACCAGUACAAGGCCACGAUCGGUGCCGACUUCCUCACCAAGGAGAUCAUGCUGGACGACAAGCUCGUGACCAUGCAGAUCUGGGACACCGCGGGCCAGGAGCGCUUCCAGAGUCUGGGCGUGGCCUUUUACCGCGGAGCUGACGCCUGUGUGCUCGUUUACGACAUCACCAAUCCGAAGUCUUUUGAGAAACUGGAUACAUGGCGGGACGAGUUUUUGGCUCAGGCGGGACCAAGAGACCCUGACGCCUUCCCGUUCAUUGUACUGGGUAACAAGGUGGACAAGGAGUCGGGACGAAGGGUUCAAAAGCAGAGGGCGCAGGAGUGGUGUCGUUCUAAGAACGUUCAACAGGUAAAUAAUUUGAUAGUGCUUGGUAUUGUUUGAUACUGACUGUUGAUAUUUUUAUGGUGUUGCCGCCAGCCGAUUCAGCACUUUGAGACGAGUGCCAAGGAGGCGACCAGUGUGGAGGAAGCUUUCCAGACAAUCGCUAGCUCGGCGUUGCAAAAGGGCCAAGAAGACGACAUCUACGUACCGGAGACGAUUGACCUUAGUGGCACAGCAUCGAAACGCGAGAGCUCUUCAUGCUGCUAAACUAUGACGCUGUGUGCCGUUGUUGGUCAUGGAUCUGCUUGGUGGUAGCGCGUGUUGAGAGUAGGAGCAAACCUGGCUAGAUGAAGGUAGCUCCAGUCUCGCUGAUGUGAACGAGAAAAGUCGGUUUAAUUUUUUCAAGCCGACAAAAUUGGUCUCCGUUUGUUUGUAGUAGCGGGAUCUUGCUUUGCCUGCUCGGGCGAGGCAUGUGCCACUGCCGUCUUCGUUGAUCCUCUCAGUGUUCUAAGUGACAGCAAACCUACAUGGAUUCCUUUCUUCUUGUGUUUCUUCAAUGCAAGACGCUCUGCUUCUAACUCAUGACGUCGAGCCUCAAUUCGCUUUUGCACGACACGCUUCCUCCAGCGACAGUAGAGUUUCAACUGAGCUGCAAGUUCCACAGCCUCCUCCACUUCGUGCGUCGGAACUCGAUUAGGUGGGCCUAACUCAUACCUCGUCCACUCCUUGGGAUCCACUUGCUGUUCUUCAUCAGUCUCGACCAUGUAUUUCCGCAGUUGCUUCUUGGCAGUCUCUCGUACUGCAAUCUCCCGCUUUAAAAACGUCAGCUCACCAGCAGCAGCGUUAGAAUUCUGCUCACGAUGCUGGUGCAAGAAAUCAUCAAGUGCUGCGUUGGAAACCGAGAAUGUCAGCUAACGGAAUACACAACGCUAUCGCUAGUUUUCUGGUACCUUUAGCAUGAUCCACGGGGCGAGGCCCACGAUGUUUCCUUGGCGAAAUUGGCGUGUCUUCUUCCACAUGAGAAGUUGUAUGUGCUUCUUUGGCCAUGUAUUUGUUGAAUUCCUCUUGUUGGCGCCGUUCGAUCUGAUCACCAUGACAAUCCACACAGAGGUAAUCGAGUUCUGGAUCGCCGAGGUCGCCGCAGCCGGCGCGGCAUAAAGCUUUCACAAGGACGCUCAUGAUAAUGAAUGUAAUACAAACUAACACAGCCACCAUCG